CAGGGUAGGUUAUACUGUAUGUAUCCCAUAAACAGUAAAUGUCCUCACCUUCAUCAUAAGCAGCCUGUUCUACUUCAGUGUUGCUCAUUUUGCAUUAAUAGCUUAUGCCUUUGUUACUUGCGUGCAAAAUCCUCCUAAUUUCAUCUGCAUAUUGGGAUGGGUGGACCCAGGUCUAAAGCUAAAUGAAUUGAAUUAAUCACAAAACCUUUCACAAGAUCUGUAUCAGAAGGUUCUGUUUCAGCCUCCUCUUUGCGGAGCAAGGUUAAGGCAGUGUAAAUCCCCUAGGUAUUGCUUCUUUGGAAAACAUCUGUACACUACUGCAAGAAAACCACACAGAACACUUCAUGUUUAUUACUGUAAAGUCUGAAACAAUAAUUUAGCUAAUGAAUUGGAAAGGAGUACGAGUAUAGCGUCACUUGAUUAUCCUCUGAAUUCCUAUCAGACCAACUCCAGAUUUGUCAGUGUCUUCAUUUCUGUUUUUAGCAGAGUUCACUGUGACAGAGUCUCAGUGAAACAUCUAAGGUGUAUGUGAAAUAAAUUCUUCACUAAUUCACAGAACCUAGACAAAAUAAGGUUGAUAGUUAUUAUUUUCAAAGUCUUCUGGAGCUUGGAGCCAGUUCUGUAUACUUUGUGAACUAUAUCUAAAACAGGGGAAAUCAUUUCCAGUCAUUAUAUUUCUCAUUGGGCCAAUGUUUUAUUUCACUUUACAGAAAGAGAGUGAGAUCUUUCCUUUGACAGAAUGCCAAGUAGGAAAUAUGUGAAGAUACAGUUUUUGUACACAUUUAGAUUCCCCUUGUGGUUUAAAAACACCAUAUCUGUGCUACAUGACGAUUUGUUUUUCAUAACUAUAUAUGGUCAAAAGGAUGAUGAAUCUUGUCAGAGCUGCCUUGUUAACUGAAGUUGAACUUUGUAAAACACUUAACAUUGGGCUCUGACUUAAUAUUCAACUUGAUUCAUUGCUUGUUUUGUCCUUAGAGUAUACUUCUAGUGCACCAGUAUGAGACGAUAUUGUGUUGAUAAAAAAAGAAAAUUCAAAACUGUCUAAAAACUCUGUGGUCUAAACAAGAUGCCAAAGGAUGUUUCUUAUUUACUUCCAAAAAAACUCAAAUUCUGCUUAGGCUAUAAAAUAUUUUUUUUAAGUUUGUAUUUUAUGGACUUCAUUUAUGAGCUACAAACACAUGGAAGGUGAAUAUGGAGGUUCAUUGCAGUAACAUGAACCUGAGGACAGUCCCUCUGGAGCUGCCUCCUGGUAUUCGCAAACUGGACUUGUCUCAGAACCUCCUCCAGAACUUGACGGAGGAGAUUCGGGCUUUCUAUACUUCUGUGUAUCACCUGAGCUUCCACUCCAACAGGAUUGAGUUCAUACAGCCAGGUCUUUUUAAAGAUAUGACCAACCUUGAAGUGCUUGACCUGUCCAGGAACUAUUUAGACAUCUUUGCAAUGUCAAACUCUAAAGUUGGGCCUCUGUCCUCCGUGAAAAAACUGGACCUUUCGGGUAAUGGCCUGUACACUGGCAUGACCAGUAAUUUUUUGCACAAUGCACCAGCACUUUUGAACCUCUCGUUGAAUGGAAACAGCAUCACUAAAAUACACAAUGACACUUUUGCUGGGUCAUUGGCUCUAAGGAACAUUGAUUUACAUAAUAAUGUCAUCCUGGAAAUUGAGGAAGGAGCAUUUGACUAUUUGCCCGAUCUGUUUGAGCUCAACCUGUCAAUGAAUUCUAUCACCUGUAUCAAAGAUUUUAACCUCUCCCAACUGAAGCUGCUAAACCUCAGCCAAAAUAGCAUUGAGUCAUUUGAAACCACAGAGUCAGACCUGGAGUUCGAACUGUUAUAUCUCGAUCUGAGAGAAAACAAGAUAUUCUAUUUCCCAGUGCUCCCCAAAAGGAACAAGCUAAUUUACCUGGAUUUGUCCAGAAACCUACUUCAGAGUGUUUUCAAUAAAUCCUUUGUAAACUUUCUUGAACACAUCAGCUACAGUAGCUUCCAAAACCAUAGCCAGUCUUUAAACAAGACACUAUCUGUGGAUAGAUACAUCUUUCCCAACUUAGCAAAGUUGUUUUAUUUAGACUUGAGCUAUAAUGAAAUCAAAAGUAUCCCAACAUCCUUCUUUGGAAGCAUGGGAUCCUUAGAAUUUCUCAAUCUCAGCAACAACUGCCUUGAGGUUUUCUCUGUGGAUGAUGACAGUCCUUUGGCAUUCCUGGAAACCCUUGAUUUGAGUGCAAACACCCUCCAGAAUCUGUCAUUUGGAAAAAACGCACUUCAGUCUUUAAAAAAGCUUUAUCUGAGGGGGAAUCUUCUCAGUACCUUGGAUCCUUACACUUUCCUUCAUCUACCUAGUAUUGAAGUCCUUGACCUUCAGCAGAACAUCUUGAGUGUCUGUGGACUGCAAUGCAGGCAGCCUCAAGAGGAAUGCAGGGGAAAGGAAACUGGAUGUGUCUUCUUGUCUUCCAUCCCGUCAUUACGCUACUUAUACCUCUCCAGCAACGGCCUUGUAGCUCUGCCUCGGUAUGCUUUUUAUGACAGCCCUCUGCUGUUACUAGAUCUGUCGAACAACCCAGGCUUGGAAAUCAGCAAGGAAGCAUUUACUGGGUUAGAAUCGUCCCUGACGUAUUUAUCAUUCAAGGGGAACACUCUUCAGGCCCUAAAUAUGGACCUGUCACUCUUCACCGGGCUGAAAACUGUAGACCUGUCUUCAAAUCAAUUAACCGGGCUGCUUCUGUGGAACAGAGAGUCCUCCAUAGAGUUACUGAACUUACAGAACAACAGUCUCUUCACCCUUGAGUACAACACAGUACUGGUCCUGGAAAGGGCCCUGAAGACACUGUACUUAAGUGGGAAUCCCCUCAACUGCUGCAGCAACCCAAGAUUCAUGCACCUGAUUCAGAAGUCUGCUGUUGACAUCCCGGACAAAGACUCGGUGACGUGCCGGUACAUGCAGGAUUCGGAGUACAAGGAGAUUAACAUCUCGCAUGUAGCAGAGGAGCACUGUGAGGAGCAGGAGAGGAAGAGCGUCAGCGUCAUCAUCAUCAUCGUCACAGCUCUGGCGUUAAUCGCGGCCCUCGUCCUCCUCUCCAGGUGUUGCCACCAGCGGAAACGCAACGUGAGGGGCAGCUUUAAGGCCUGAACGCAAUGAAACGCCACAGCAGAGCUUGGCCAUGGGGAUAGAGGAAGCACCGUCCCGGAGCUCCUGUAACGCUAAGGCAAUUUGGCCUUUACACGGCUGCGUUCUCUUCCACAGUAAUGCAAGAUCAAGAAGACCAGCUGACAGGAAACUAGCUCGUCGUAUUCAUCCUUUCCACCCCUAGAAACAAUCUGAAGUAAAAUGCGGACCGUGGUCGUGAAUUUCACAAGUGUCUUCGUGGAAAUGUCUAACAAAGUGAUGUAAUGGUUUCAGUUUGCACUUUAGUCACUGUAAAUAUUUGUGAAUAUGACUUUAUUGUUAUUGCUUUACAAAAUGAAGCCAGAGAGCAUUCUGUAAAAUACUAGCAAUAGUGCUUACCAUACAACAGAACCAAAUAAUUACAGGAUAGCAGGAUUUCUCAAUGUGACCUCAAAACUAGAAAUAAUUAUGGUGCAAUUGCAUUCGUGUUUUUUUUUUCAGUUUCCUUCUAAUGUGUAACAAAUAUACAUUAAAUGAAACCUGCCUUUUUUUGAGACAGCACUACACUUUAAAGUCUAUAUUUACUGGAAAACUUUACAAAGACUUCUAUUUUUCCCCUUUCAAAAAGUUUGUUUUCACAGACCACAUUAUUAUUUUUGCCUUAGGGGAGAUACUGUGUAGUUCUCCAUUGUUAAAAAAAUAAGUUUCAGAUUUGUCCUGUUAUUUGUUUCCACUACAAUAGCCAUUCAUGUUUAGACUCGACAGUGAUCGUUGUAGUCAAUUAAUGAAGGACUGUGCCAGGAAAAUACUUUUACAAAAGGGGCUAUAAGGAGGACAAAAUUGAUGGGAAAAUAUCUGAAGAGAAAACACUGACAGUAUAUGCAAAAGUGUUGUUUCCUCUCAGACCUCAGGACACUAUGUGAUAACAUGGUCCAAGCAAUGUAGGACAAGAAUUCAUUUUCUUGUAAUUUGCUUUGUAUUUGAUUCCUGAGAUAAAUCUUUGACAUUUAGUCCUCUUUUAAAUGGAGGAAGGUGGGUUGUGUAGGUAACAGUUCAUUCCAGUCCAUUCUUAAUUUUAUUUUCAGUGAAGUUAUUGCCUGUAGUUAAUUACUGUAUGUAGGCAUAAACAACCUCAGUAUCCAUCUGCACAUAUUACAGUUGCACAAGGAGGUUAUCAAGGCAGCAAACAAAGGUCAUGAGUGAGAAAGAGCAGACUUGUACUGA